CCGACGGCUGUGUGGAUGGCGCACGAUAAAGACGUCAGCGGAUGGCGUGAGUCGCUCUGGUCGCACCGACGCUCUGCGGGAAGCCUCUGUUCGCUGGUCCGAGACGGGGCCUGAAGGAUGUUGGAGUGGCCAUCAUGGGUCAUGCCCUAUGUAUUUGCUCAAGGGGAACCAUCACCAUCAACAACAAGCGCUACCUUUUAAUCCAUAGGCUUGGAGAGGGUGGCUUUAGUUACGUGGACUUAGUUGAGGGGCUGCACGAUGGACGUUUCUAUGCAUUGAAGCGCAUCAUAUGCCACGACAAAGAAGAUCGCCAGGAGGCCAUGCAUGAGGUAGAGAUGCACCUGCUCUUUGAGCACCCCAACAUCCUGCCUCUGUGUGCACAUGCCAUGGUGGAGAAGGGAUCCAAACAUGAGGCCUGGCUCCUGUUGCCUUUCUUCAAGAGAGGGACCCUCUGGCAAGAGGUGGAAGCUCUGCGAAAUGAAGGUGCCUUCAUGCCUGAGGAGCGGAUCCUCUCCAUCCUUCAUGGUAUCUGCCGGGGCCUGCAGGCCAUUCAUAACAAGGGUUAUGCACACAGAGAUUUGAAACCUACAAAUGUGUUGCUGGAUGAUGAUGACCAGCCAGUGCUGAUGGACCUAGGCUCCAUGAAUCAGGCACGCAUUGAGGUGCGGAGUUCGAGGGAGGCCAUGACUAUACAGGACUGGGCAGCCCAACGUUGCACUAUCUCAUACCGAGCACCAGAGCUGUUUUCCGUUGAGCGCGAGUGUAUUAUUGAUGAGCGUACAGAUAUCUGGUCCUUAGGGUGUGUUCUGUACUGCAUGAUCUUUGGUGAAGGGCCUUAUGACAUGACCUUUCAGAAGGGGGACAGUGUGGCCUUGGCUGUGCAAAACCUUCUCACUGUGCCCCAGAACACCAGGUACUCGCCUGCCUUGGAACAUCUCCUCUCCUCUACCAUGGUGGUGAAUCCCCAGCAGCGGCCGUACAUUGGUGAUGUCAUCCAGCAGCUUGAAGAGAUACAACCACCUCACACUGGACAGGACAUCACACACAUCUGAGCCUACUAUGUGUAUGAUAAAGACGGGGGUGGAAGAGAAGUUGCCUGCCGGAUGGGACCUUACACUGAAAGUGAAGAAUUGACGCUCCUUCCUUGUGUUUCUGUUCCGGGCUAGGAACACUCCCGUUCUGGGGCCAUCUCCUGCUUGGUACCGCCUCUGUCUUCACUGGGCUUCACCUGCUGUGGUGACAGUUAUCAGCUGCUUCUACAAAAAAGCAGCUCUUGCUGCAGGGGACCCAAGAGACCUCAGCAGUGGAGGAUAAAAAGGAUGCCCAGGUUUUUUGUACUCAAGUACAGCUUCCAGCUAAUUAUUGAGGGGCCAAUACCCUGUUUGUUUGGUGCAGGCAUGCCCUCGUUGCCUGUGUGCUGAAUAAAGUCUUCAAAACAAA